GGCGGAAACGGCCCCUUUCCUCUGUAGGAGCCGCUGUAGACAAGUGCCGGCCGCCGGCCCCGUUGCUGCUGCGCGCCUUCCUGCUUCAGCUCCCGGGGCUCGGGUCCUCUCCAUCCUCCCGGGACCCGGCGCACGAUCGGCAGCGCGCGGCGCAGCGGCGGCCGGCCAUGGACCUGGAGAUGCUGUCCCGGGAGUUUUCCCUCUAUCUGGAGCACCAAGUCCGAGUCGGGUUCCUGGGCUCGGGCGUAGGUUUGUCUCUGGUCCUGGGCUUCAGCGUUGCCUAUGCCUGCUACUACCUGAGCAGCAUUGCCAAGAAACCCCAACUGGUGACAGGGGGUGAGAGCCUGAGCCGCUUUCUUCAGGACCAUUGUCCGGUAGUGACAGAAACCUACUAUCCCACCAUUUGGUGCUGGGAGAGCCGGGGGCAGACUUUACUGAGACCUUUCAUCACUUCCAAGCCCCAAGUGCAGUACAGAAAUGAACUUAUUAAAACAGCAGAUGGAGGACAGAUUUCACUGGACUGGUUUGAUAAUAAUAAGAGUACGUGUUAUUUGGAUGCUAGCACCAGACCGACCGUCUUACUGCUGCCUGGGCUCACAGGAACAAGCAAAGAAUCUUACAUUCUUCAUAUGAUCCAAUUCAGUGAAGAACUUGGAUACAGAUGUGUGGUUUUUAACAACAGAGGAGUGUCGGGUGAGAAUCUUCUGACACCAAGGACUUAUUGUUGUGCUAAUACUGAAGAUUUGGAAACCGUUAUUCAUCAUGUCCACAGCCUGUAUCCCGCAGCCCCAUUUUUGGCAGCAGGGGUAUCUAUGGGAGGUAUGCUUCUUUUAAAUUAUCUGGGUAAAAUUGGCACCAAAACUCCUUUGAUGGCAGCUGCGACGUUUUCUGUUGGCUGGAAUACUUUUGCUUGUGCAGAGUCAUUGGAGAAACCACUUAACUGGCUGCUUUUUAACUACUAUUUGACCACCUGUCUCCAGUCUUCUGUUAACAAGCAUCGACAUAUGUUUGUGAAACAAAUUGACAUGGAUCAUGUCAUGAAGGCAAAAUCCAUCAGAGAGUUUGAUAAACGAUUCACUUCAGUUAUGUUUGGAUACCGUUCCAUUGAUGAUUAUUACACUGAUGCCAGUCCAAAUCGUAGGUUGAAGUCAGUAGGAAUUCCUGUGCUUUGUCUAAAUUCUGUGGAUGAUGUAUUCUCUCCCCGUCAUGCUAUUCCAAUAGAAACAGCUAAACAAAAUCCAAAUGUUGCUCUGGUCCUUACAUCGUAUGGAGGCCAUAUUGGCUUUCUGGAGGGAAUAUGGCCAAGACAAUCCACUUACAUGGAUCGAGUCUUCAAGCAGUUUGUACAAGCCAUAGUUGAGCAUGGACAUGAACUCUCUAGCAUGUAGUUCUUCAGGUGUAUCUUGUCUGGACCACCAUUUUAGCACAGUGGCAAGUUCUGACAAAGGCAGCUCAGCUUAGUGCACAAAUUUUAACUACUGUAUAUAAAGCAAAUAUGCCAGCAAGAGGAUGAAGAGGUCCAGAAUUAUGUGCAAAAACUACUUUUUGAGGAAAAAACUACUUUGUAGCAGGAAAUGAAAUACAGUAUAUUAGAUUCAUUUAUGUAGAUCUUAUUUUUAAUAUGCCUUACCAAGAAUGACCUUAAAUAAAGUAGCACUCUACAUUCAUUAAAUUGCACUUAACCAAAACCAUUGUGUAAACAGAUUUUAAUUCCUCAGGGUUUUAAUUUAGGUUAGUAUUUUUUUUAGGUUACCCAAUUUAAAUGACUUGUUUCAUAACAUUUUAAUAACUACUAAGAUAUUUUCAAUGCUAUUUGAAGUAUGUUACAUGUUGGCACAUUCCUAAGGGUACUUAUGUCUAAUAAUAAAUGUGAAAAUGAAUUAAGAAGAAAUGAAAUGCAGUACAUUGAAUCUUUUGUGUCCUAGCUUUAAAAACAGAUUGCAACAGUAUUAGACUGACUUCUAUACUUGUUAUUUUACCCUAUGAGAGUUAUUAAAUUAGAGCUGGUUUCAGUUUUAUAAUGAUUAUUAUUUUUAUUUACAUGAUUAUUUUUAAAUAGUGUAUGUACAAAUAUCUAUUAAAAUAAAUUCUUCCACUUUAAACAUUA